CAUUUCAUUUUAUACAUUUGUGCUCCUUUCCUCACUGUGUUUACACAUUGCAUUCCUCUCUUUCAAUAUCACUAUCAACCCUUCUUCAUGGUUUUCUUUCUCUCAUGGAUGAGUAUGAGUCAGUUCCAUUUGCAGUUGCAUCAGAUCUUAUUCAGAGGUUAGCUUCCCCAGAUUUUCUUGAAUUUGGACAGGAGUAUGAGGGGUAUGGUAUGAUGGAAGAGUUGGAAGCGCUUAAGAAGACAAUUGGAUCUAUCAAUGAUGUGCUCCUUGACGCUGACCACAAACAAGAACAAGUUCGUGUGCGUAAUUGGAUAUUUGACUUCAAAGAAGUACUUCAUGCUGCAGAUAACUUCUUAGAUCACCUUGCUAUCGAAUUUACGAGAGACAAAUUGAAUGCAGCAGGAGGAAAGGAAGUAAACAAGGUACUUCGUUCCAUUUCAUCUUCAAAUCAAUUUCCUUUACCCACUGAAAUGCCUUACACAAUUAAAGAAAUCCGAGAAAGUUUUAAUGGUGUAGUACAAGAAAUGAACGAUUUAAAGUUAAGCCCAAGAUCUGUGGUGGAAAAGCAAACUAACAGUGAAUGGAGGGAAACAAGCUCUUGUGUAUUAGAGUCUGAUAUCAUUGGAAGAGAUGAUAGUAAAAAGGAGAUUAUUAGUUUGUUGCGACAACCGCAUGGAAAGCAAAAAGUUUCUGUGAUUGCUAUUGUUGGCAUUGGUGGUUUAGGGAAGACAGCUCUUGCACAAUUGGUGUAUAAUGACUUGGAAGUGAAGGAUUUUUUUGAAAUGCAAAUGUUGGUGUGUGUCUCUGAUAACUUUGACGUGAAAACUAUUCUGAAGAAAAUAUUAGAUUCAAUUACUGAUGGCCAAAGACAAGACCAACCAUUAGAGAAGUUGCAAAAAGAGCUUCAGAAAAAUUUAAGUGGUAAGAAAUAUUUGUUGGUCCUCGAUGACGUUUGGAAUGAGAGACAUGACAAAUGGGCUGAAUUGAGAAAGUACUUGAUGUGUGGAGCUCAAGAUAGCAAGAUUUUAGUGACAACUAGAAGUAAAAAAGUAGCAAAGGCAAUGACUGGCAGCACUUCCUAUCUUUUGGAAGGUUUGACCGAUGAAGAAUCUUGGAGUUUGUCGAAGAACAUUGCAUUUGAGGAUGAGUCCGAAGGAGUGAAUCAAAAUCUAGAAUCAACGGGGAAAGAAAUAGCAAUAAAAUGUGGAGGUGUCCCACUGGCAGUUAAAUCGCUAGGAGGCCUGUUACGAGGACAAAAUGAAGAAAGUGAAUGGGAAGAUGUUUUACGCGGUGACUUCUGGAAAUUAUGUGAAGAGCAAACUAGUAUCAUGCCAAUUCUAAAACUCAGUUACGAAAACUUGUCCCCAGAAAUGAGACAAUGUUUUGCUUAUUGCUCUUUAUAUCCCAAAGAUUCAAGAAUUUCAAAGAAUGAGUUGAUUCAGUUAUGGAUGGCACAGGGUUACCUUAUAUGUUCAACUAAAGAGCAGCACGUCGAAGAUAUUGGUAACCAAUUUGUGAAGAUUUUUUUGGUGAACUCAAUUUUUCAAGAUGCACUGAGUGAUGAAUACGGUGAGAUCAUUAGUUUCAAAAUGCAUGAUUUAAUGCAUGAUCUUGCAGAGAUGGUUGCUGGCAAUGAUUAUUGUUACUUGGACAGUGAAGCAACAGAAGUUAAGGGUAGACCCAUGCACGUGUCAUUGGAAUCCAAUGCCAUUCAUUUGUUGGAAUCAUUAGACCCAAGCAGGCUGCGAACUUUGAUUUUGCCGUAUAACUUUGUAGAGGAGAAAUAUUUGUCGGUUAUUGCAAAGUUCAAAUACUUACGCGUCUUGAGUAUGGGUCGAAUUUUCCAUUUCAAUCUCUCUGGUUCCACUGAAAAUUUGAAGCAUUUAAGAUACCUUGAAGCAUUUAAACACCCACCAAGUCUUCCCAAAUCUAUGAGCAAUCUUGUUUUCCUACAAACAUUAAAAUUGGAGAACUGUGAUGAAGAAUCAUUUUCUGAAAUGGUCACAAAAUUAGUGAAUUUGAGAUGGCUUGAGGUUGAUUACCACUCCUUGAGUGAGAUGGCAGUUGGGUGGGGAAAAUUAUCUUCGUUGCAAUUCUUACCCAUCUUUGUCGUGAGAGAUAGCCAAGAAACAAGAUAUGGCACACUAAAUGAAUUGAAGGACUUAACCCUAAGAGGCAAAUUAGAAAUUCAGCAUCUCCGUCGUGUUAGAGACGUGGCUCUGGAAUCACGUGAUGUAAAUUUAAAAGAAAAAAAGUUUCUUCAGUCCUUGACUCUAGAUUGGCUUUCGCUCGGUGAAGCCAACCGUAACAGUGACAGCUUCCAAUUAUUAGAAAACCUUCGGCCCCACCAUAAUCUUAAGCAAUUGAAUGUGAAGAGGUAUCCAGGCGUGCAUUUCCCAACUUGGCUUUCUCUCCUCACAAAUGUUGUUCACAUCUCUCUCUCUGGCUUUCAUAAUUGUUGCUGUCUUCCAUCGUUGGAACGUCUCCCGUCCCUGAAGUCACUUGAGAUAAUGUAUCUUCGUCGAUUGGAAUACAUAGAUCUUGAUGAAGAUGGUUGUGCAGUAACCUUCUUCCCCUCUUUGGAGAGCCUCAAAUUAGAGUUUUGCUCUAAUCUCAGGGGAUGGCGGAGACGGGGAGUUGAUAUCAAUGAGAAUGCACAUAAUCUCUCCUUACCUCUCUCAUUUCCUCGUCUUUCUCAACUACAUGUCUCUUCCUGUCUAAAGUUGACUUGCAUGCCUGCUUUUCCAAAAGUUAAGGAUUUAGAGUUGCGUAGAUCGAGUGCAGAGCCAUUAAUAGCAACACUAAACUCAACAGUGUCAACAUGUUCAGCGGACUCAUCUUCCUCCGCUGCUCCUCUUACCAUGCUCAAACAAUUGACUAUUUCUGGUCCUACUGAUUUUCCAAAGGGUUGGAUGCAAAAUCUGACUCCUCUCGAGUCUCUUCAAAUUAUAUGGUCUGAAAAUGAAACACUGGAGGAAUUUGAGACUUGGUUUAAGGACGACACCAACUGCCUUCCUUCUCUGCGACAAAUCAGGAUAUAUUUCUGUGGAAACCUAAAGGCUUUGCCAGAUUGGAUUUGCAACCUCUCGUCGCUUCAGCGUAUCAAAAUCGAAUACUGCCGAAACUUGGCAUCGCUGCCCGAAGGAAUGAGUCGUCUUACCAACUUAAAGAUCUUUGAGGUCGAGAAUUGUCCCCUCUUACUUAAAGAAUGCAGAACAGAGACAAGUGCUGUUAGUCGCCAAAUCGCACACAUCCCACGAAAAAUCCUUCAUGAUGACUGAUCAUAAAGAUACUUGACAUGAAUAUACCAAUAAUUCAGUUGGCAUAGAGAUUAAACAAAUAGAGAUACUUGAGUUGAUGAGACAUUUUUUUUUUUAAUUUUGCUGUUGUGACUAUAUCUAUUGGGCUUGGUUCUUGGUUAUGGUAUUGUCUUGGUCAUUGUAAUGGGGUAGCGUUUUUCUAGAAGACAGCCAUAAAAAUCCAGUUUCUUCCUUAAAAUUAACCUGGUACUUGCCCAAUACAAGUUGGAUUAUGUGUGUCUUGUGUUCAUAUUUUCUAAAUACUAUGCUUUCAUAGCUUUUUUAGAUAAUAGAUAGAAAAAAUUGUGAGGACAAUAUCUAAUUCCUUUUGCACAAUAAUAACAUAUUUGUUUUAAUAAGAAUGUUCAAUAUGUAUGUGCAAUAGUAUUUAACAUACACCUUGUUGUUGAGGAAGCAUUGACGUUAUUUCUAUCUAUCACUCUGUAUUUUACAUUAAAUUUAUCUAAUUACUAACAUUUUCAUUGACUUUGGAU